GGACCGUCAGUCGUCGGAGUCGGAGGGUUCCGUACGGGUCCGUCGUUCGCCCGCAAAUAUCGAAUCGCGAAUCUUCGCAAAUUUUCGUCACCCCUCGCGCGAGUCCCGGGCUCAGUGUUGAGUGGGCUGCCUGGACCGCAGGCGCCUCUCCGUAAGGUCCGUGCUUGCGAAAGCUCGUUAGAUGUUUUAUAAAUAAGUGAAAAGCUAAAGGAGUACGGUACACGUUCACUAAAACUUAGUAAUAUAUCGUUAGGAUAUUUUUUUCAAUUAUGUAAAAAUAAAGAAAAAAACAUGAGACUAAUUGAUAUUUUUAUUUUGUCGUAUCGGUACGUAAACUGACGUGUUUCACUAUGCAUGAUGUACGUGAACGAGAGAGGUAGCUGAAGAGAGGCAGCCACAUGUCGUGGGACGAAAAGUGAGCGGGGAAUUGAGCAAAAGUUCAAUCAUUAUUUCGCUCGCGUUCGAUUGACGCUACUAUUUUUUUUUUUUCCUCUUUCUUUUUUGCGUAUAAAAUUUGAGGCAACCUAAACCAACGACAGAGAGGAGGGGGAGAGAUUAAAAUAUUUUUUAAAAACGAUGAAAACGAAGGAAGUCUGGAACGGGGAGAAGAUGAAGACGAAAAAAACUAACGGAGGAGAUAACAAACGACGUGCAAUUUUUUGCGGAACGUACAUCAGUAUCCGAAUCGUCAUUUUUUCGAAUCAGCCAAACGAUUGGCUAACUGCGAGCCAGAGGAAUUUUUUAGGAUAAUGAAUUUCGAUGAAUUUUUAGAAUACGAUAAUUAUAAACUUCACAUUUUGUCCAUCAAAGAUGUUGCCCCACUCAUCGAUUCGCAAUGAUGAAUCAUUAAUCAACGUUGAUAAAAGUUGAGCAAUAAUUCAAGUUUAUAAUUUUUAUUCAUUUACUCGAUCAUGCAUAGAUAACGUGUGCAGAUGUGAAAGUUUUUUCGUCAAGUUCGAAUGAUCAGCUAUAUUUAUAUAUCGAUGUCUUUCCUCGAUUUGAAAUUUUAGAAAAACUUGUACAACACGUAUACCAAAAAUAUGUGUAACAUACGCAUUGCUAUAACGUAGGCGACACAAUUAUGACAAAGUUAUCAGUAGAGACAAAUGAACACGUUGGCACAGCAUAUGGACUAUUCCAAAGAUGUAAGGAAUGAUCACGUGGGUGAUGGUCGGGCUGCUUCUGGCUGCGGAAACGACCUGCGGCAGGAACGUCCAAUCCGGGAAUGGAAAUGAAGACACGAAACAAAAGAGUACCGGCGUAAAAACGACUGCGGCCGACGACGAGGAGAUAUAUCGUCUGACCUGCUACACUUGUGUGAACGUCAGCGAUAACCAGAUGUGCAACGAAUGGGCAAUAGACACUCCAUGCCCAACGGCGGGUCGGGAUUUUUGUCGAUCAUUGCACGUUCUGGACAGCCGCGGCAACAGUGUAUUGGUGAGCAAGAGCUGCGCGACGAGUGACGAGUGUGGCCCAGCAUCGGUUGGUUGCGUGCCGAUUGAUACGCAAAAGAUCUGUAUAAGCUGCUGCGACGUGAGCUAUUGCAACGUCGAAUCACCAACGAACGCAACGAACGCAAUUUUCUCAAGGAAGAGACGUACGAAAUCGAAAUCUAAACGAAAGCCACCUGGGAAUGGCGCCAUGAAUUAUGCGCGUUCCGGCAUUUCAUCUUACGGUUCUAUUUUUUUGUUCACCACGUCACUAAUUCUACAUGCAUAUCACUCCCGGAAUGGGAGACGAAUGUAAUUAAAUCAAUUAAAAAUCGUAUAUAUGAAAAGAAAAAAAAAAUAUAUAUAUAUAACGUACAUACAAUAUAUAAUAUAUGUAUAUAUAUACAUAUAUAUAUUAUAACAAUUUCUAAUGCCGUUUUAAGAGAUAAGUUAUUGAACGUAAAUGUAUAUGAAUCAAGAUUAUAUAAUUUAUUGAUCGAAGAAUUAUAUUAUUAUCUCGUAAUACGCCGAAUGAAUGGAUUUUAGAGAGAACAAGUUGAUGAAUUAUAUAUACGACGUGUUGAUGAUGAUAAUUGAAGGAUAUGUAGACGACGAUAGAGAAGGGAAAAAGUAUUCAAAUGAAAUACACGUACGAAGUGAUAGGGCGAAUAUUUCAAAUUAUAUUAAAGAAAAAAAAUAAAAACUAAAAAAAAAAUGUACCUAACGCUAACUAUUAUUGACUCGCCUACUAAAAAAAUUCAUUGCUAUUAUAUAAUAUUACUAUGACGAUAGACGUAUUACAUUGUUACCGCAUAAUGUAAAACUGUUGGUAAUAAAAUAAAACAGAUUAUACUUGUA